GUAAACAUGGCGCACGGAGGCGUGUUACCUCCAUUGAUAGUCUCUGCUCAAAUGCACGUCUCGAUAGUCCUUAUAUCAUUUGCCUUUGCAACUUUUGGAGCAGCUAAUAGUGAGAAUGUGUUCAGCGCGAGCCAGACCGCCACAGUGACCGUCUCCACUGCGAGGGAUCUCCGAUAUCUUUUGUACGAUGUGAACCCCCCGGAGGGUUUCAAUCUGAGGAGGGAUGUGUACAUCCGCAUGGCCUCGCUGGUGAAAUCCCUGAGGAAGGAGGGCGACGACUGGGUCCUGGUGUUACCCCCAUGGGGUCGUCUUUAUCACUGGCAGAGCCCCAAUGUCCAUCAGAUCCGCAUCCCUUGGGGAGAGUUUUUCAGCCUGACUAGUCUGCAGGCCAACGUCCCUGUCAUUGAAUAUGAGGAAUUUAUUGCCGAGAAUGGCGGUCCGUUCAUAGACCAAGUUCUGGUGUUGCAGAACUAUGCAGAGGGAUGGACGGAGGGGAAAUGGGAGGAAAAGGUUGAUGAGCGUCCCUGCAUUGAAAAGAAAAUGUACACUAAGGAUAAACAGGGCUACUACAGGGGCUGGUUUUGGGGCUUCGAAGAGACGAGAGCUCGAAAGGUGACCUGUAUGUCAGCUCAAGGCCACGCCUCCAUCAUGGUUGAUGUUCUUCAGAAAAACAUCACUGCAACGUCAGUGAUGCUUGACCGGGCAGAAACACUCCUCCAUGAUCACUACGCGGGAAAAGAUUACUGGGAUACGAGACGCAGUAUGGUGUUUGCCAAACACCUGCGACUCAUUGGAGACGACUUCAGAGCGAGCUAUCUGAAUUCAACCGAUGAGGGCGACAACACCAUCUACAACGAGGACUGGACUCGCAUGAAGGUCAAGCUUGGCUCAGCUAUUGGGGGUCCGUAUCUUGGGGUCCACUUGCGGAGGAAGGAUUUCAUUUGGGGCCACAGAGAGGAUGUCCCCAGCCUGAAGGCAGCAGUUAAGAAAAUACGGAGCCUGAUGAAAAAGCACAAACUUGAGAAAGUGUUUGUCGCGACUGACGCUGAUGAAGAAGAAACCAAAGAGUUGAAAAAGCUGUUACCGGAGAUGGUGAGAUUUGAGCCUUCCAGUGAGGACCUGGAACUACUGAGAGACGGAGGAGUGGCCAUCAUUGACCAGUGGAUCUGUGCUCAUGCAAGAUUCUUCAUCGGAACGUCGGUGUCCACGUUCUCAUUCCGGAUCCACGAAGAGAGAGAGGUCCUAGGUUUCAACCCCAAAACGACGUACAAUCGAUUCUGCGGCGACACCGAAAAAGAAUGUGAACAGCCGACGCACUGGAAAAUUGUUUACUGAUGCAACGCAUUUCUCACGUAUCCGCUCUCGGCCAGUGUUACAUUUUUGUAUUGUUUUAAUGAUGUCAUAACUGGUGUUUUAUCAUCUGAAACUGUGCAAUCGGGUCUUAGGUGACCUCUGCGACUGAACCACAAGGGUAAAAAUGCCAUGAUUUUGCUGCCAAACAUUCAUACCUUAUCGCCUUUUAUAAUUAAAUGUUAUAAAAAUGUUGACUUGACUGUAUUCUCUUAUUAAGAAUAUGUUUCGGUUAAUUUUUCUCCUGAAUCGUGACUGGGGAUGACACUUCAAAGUUUUCUUGGGUCACGCAUUCUGCGUUAGAUUGAAGAUGUUUUGGAAAAGUGUGUGAAGCACAUGUAUUUUUGGACAUGGCAUGAGGUUCUCUGAUGAUCAGUUAACAGUGGUAGCACGAGAUUUUUGAGUGAUAAACUCAUUGUCGACCGCCAUUGCAGUGAAAGUAGAUGACAGGGAUUUCAUCUGCAAUGGGGUUUUGAAGUCUCAUUACAGGUGACAAGGACCUCUGUCUGCAAGAGACGGAUCAUCUCCAUC